AUGGCUUCAUCCAUCGCCUCGCAGUUGCAAGCUAUCAAAUCCUUUGUCCAGGCCGACUCGGAGCCGCUUAAGAGGCCUUUUACUCGACCUUCGAUUCUGUUUGACCCCAAAGAAGCUGCCGACAUUGAUGUGGACACUAUAUUCAGCAUUGCCUUACAAGGGCUGGAGGUUCUUAUAAGCUUGGAUGAACGUUUCAGAAAUUAUAAGAAUAAUUUAUUUAGUUAUAAGAGUAGAGAGCAGGAUAGAGAGUUGAUGAGUGAAGAGGAGAAUAAACGGAUUAAUGCGACAAUUAGUUCGUUCCUGAGGCUGAUUUCAGGGCACUUUCAACAACCUUCGUCGCUUAAGACUUUAGAGUACUUGAUUCGCAGAUACAAGAUUCACGUGCAUAAUGUUGAAGACUUGGUUCUUUGCUCCUUGCCAUUCCAUGACACUCAUGCAUUUGUUCGAAUUGUGCAGCUGCUUGUUUUGGGGAAUACUAAAUGGAAAUUUCUGGAAGGUGUGAAAUUGUCGGGUGCCCCACCACCAAGGAAGGUUAUAGUGCAACAAUGUGUCCGUGAUCGUGGCGUUUUGGAAGUUAUAUGCAAUUAUGCUAUUCCAUCAAAGAACCUCCAUGUAUCGAGGCCGGUUGUGAAUUUCUGCACCGCAGUUGUUAUAGAAGUUUUGGGUACUCUUACAAGCAUUCAGCCAAAUGUGUUAAACAUUGUUCUUUUGUUUGUUAAAACUGGACUUCAGCCUGGCACCAAGGGAAUUUCAGAUCAGAAGGCUGGUGCUUUGAUGAUUGUUGGUUUGUUAGCCAACAAAGUCAUAUUGAUACCUAAGCUUGUUAAGAGUUUGAUACGAUCUGUCUCUGAGAUUGCCAAAGAGGAUGCGGGGGAGUCAAAUGACAUGCAAUCAGUUCGACUCUCUCUUAUGGCUUUAAUCACCCUUGUUCAGUUACAAUCAGUUGACAUAUUUCCAAGAAAGGUAUUGGAUAUCUUGAUGGAGAUCAGGGAUUUAGCUGGUAUUCUGUUGGAUCUAUCCCGAGAGUUCAACAUCGAUAAAUUCCUUGCCAUCUUUUUGGAUUCCUUAGUUGAAUAUAGUUUCUCUAGUGACUUGUGCCAACAUGGUUUGAUCUCACUGAUUGAGACUGUUCCAUUGAGGCAUUUAAUGCAUAAUAUGGUGAUCAAGGUUUUAGCGAGCUGCUCUAAAAUUUCAGAGAAGAGUGACAAUCCCAUCUCUUCUAAUCCAGGUACUUGGGCAAAGAAGCUUUUAAUUGUUGUCAAUAAAGUUUAUCCUUCAGAACUUCGUUCUGCUGUUCAGAAGUUCUUUGAGGACGCCAAAUUACAACAUAAGAUAGGGCGUUCCCUAUAUGAGGUUGUGUGUAAUACUUUAGAUGGGGGUUGUGAUAUGUCAUUGCCUAUUUCAGAUUCGAAACUUUUGUUUUCUUUGCACCAUCCUAAGGCCGAGGUUCGUCGUGCUACUCUUUCGAGUUUGAGCAAGGCUGGAAAUUUGAAAUCUAAAACUGAUCAUUUAGAGAGUUUAGUGACUGUUCAAGAUGCCAUAUUGAAACUACUUUGGGAUGAUGACCUUACUGUUGUUCAGAAAGCUAUCAGUCUUGAUGGAAUCUCUGACAUUUUGAGUUCUUCCGAUCUUCUCAAAGCGUUUAAGGAUGUGUUUUUUAGAUGCAUUUGCAUUUUGGAAUCUGAUUCGUCAGCUAAUAGUAAUCUUGCUGCUGACAUAGCUUUUGAGUGCUUAAAAAGUUUGAAAGAAUAUUUCUACGAUCAUGUUGACUAUCUCCAGAUGUGUUUUUCUCUUACAUUUCCUUUACUUCUGGUUGCACCCAAGACUCAGAGAUUGAAUUUGAAGGCUUUGGAAUUGGCCAAGGAUAUCAAAUGGCCUUUUUACCAGAAUCUUGCUGGUGUCGACACAGAUGUGGCUUUGCAGCGUGGCAACAUUAGCUCAAUAAAUAUGGAAGUUGUCAAUAAUUUGGCAAAGUCAUUCUUGUUACACCCAGAGGAGUAUGCACCUUGGCUGAUUGAGAGUUGCAAAGCUUAUGAUUCUUCCAGAAUACUUUUCCUCCUUAUUGUGCUGCAAUCGACUGUCAUGCAAAAAGAUAGUAGCACCCAAUUUAUGGGCUUCUUUGAAGUUCUUUGCCCAGUUUUGAAGAUUGAAUGGGAUGUAUAUGAAUCUACUUAUGGUGCUUCUAUUGACAAGUUCAAAACAGAAAUGUUAGGUUGGGACUGCAAAAGGUUCCUGGAUCAGUUAGUCAAAGAGGACCACAAUGAAUUGAAUGCCAUUGCUCUAAUUUGCAUAUUUUGGAGAUUGUUAGAAGCAUAUGUUUUUUCAGUGAAUGCAGAUAUGACGAUGGAUAAGAAGGAAAAAUGGAUUUCCAUGUUCAGUGAUUUGUUUGUGUUCUUUGCAAACUCUCGAUUUAAGCAUGUCUUCAAGGAACAUCUCCAUUACCUUGUCAGAAGCUUCAAGAUAUCUCCUGUUCAUUUACUGUCUAGGUUUUUUACUGAUGAAGGUGUCCCUGCUUCGGUUCAAGUUGAGAGUCUACACUGUUUUUCUUAUCUUUGUUCUCAGUCAGAAGAAGGUUUGCACGUUCAACUUGUUGCUGAAUUUCCUUCAAUACUAGUCCCACUGGCCAGUGAUGACAAGGAUACCAGGAUUGUGGCCAUGAACUGCAUUGAGGGGCUGUUUUCAUUACUGGAUCAUGCCAACUUUUCUUCCAAGAAAAAUGGAAACAAUGCUACGUGGAAUCACUUUCUAGAUAAACUUCUGGGUCUCAUUAUUGAGCAAAAACGGCUCAUAUUGUCUGACAGAAAAUUUCUCCCUUCCCUUCUAGCAUCUUUGCUUGGUUCAUCCUCACACAGCUUUUUAGUUCCUCAGAGUAUUGAACAAAGGUUUGAUAAAGCUACAAAAGAGAUGAUUCUGGCUUUCAUUUUGGGUUAUGCUUUACAGCUUUCUGAUUAUGGGAAGCUGAGGAUUCUUUCUCUAUUCAAAUCAAUGGGAAAUGCUAUUCUAAAUGUUAAGGAAGUUGAAGCUCUGUUAUCUCUUCUUUUGGAAAGACGCAAUAGAUAUCAUCUUGCACUAGACAGAUCCAUUCAUAACUUGUCAUCCAUUGAAGUUUCCAUCUUAUGUCUUCUGCUUGAGUGUUGUGCUACACCAUCUUCUUUCGACUGGCACAUUUCUGAAGAUUAUUUGUUGAAGGCACUGCAAUUAAAUGGUAGCACUCCAACUGAAGAUGCAAUUAUACGUCCUCUUUUAGCUAUCUUGCAAAAGUUGAAUGAUCAAAUUUAUGGCAUGAUGAAGAAUGAAAUGCAGGAAUUUCUAUUUUCCAAAUUAGUUUUGCUAUUUCGAGAUGCCAACAAUAAUGUGCAAACUGCCACCCGAGAAGCCCUUAUGCGCAUACGUAUUACUUCCUCCACCAUCAGCCAGAUGCUGGGUUACAUGUUGAAAUGUGAAGGUUUUGUUGGCAGUGUGGUAGAUAGGAAGAAAAAGAGGUCUAUCGAGUACCAUACAUCCAGCUCGCCCUAUGAUACGAUUUGGAGAAAAGAGAACUCACUCUCUUUAUUAAGCUCUGUUCUUGAUAUUUUGCUCUUGAAGAAAGACAUAGCUAACAGGCAAUCCCUUAUAGGGCAACUGUUUAUGUUGCUUGGAAAAGUUUUUUCAGAGGAUUGGGUUAAUGCUACUCUUGCACUUGAUGAGCACUCAAACCAUGCAGUAUCUGGCGUUUCUCAGGGCACGUCUGGUGUAAUAGGCUACAUAAGGCAGACAAUCUUAAUAAUUCUUGAAGAUAUAUGUUCAUCAGCAGUGACUGCUACCUCAAAAAAGGUUCAGUGGAGAAAAGAAAUUGAUAUCAAAUUGUUGGUUGAUUGUGCUCAUUUAUCUAAGGAUGGAGUUACCCGUAACCAUGUGUACUCAUUAAUUUCCUUUGUGUCAAAAGUUAUCCCGGAAAAACUUGUGGAGCAUAUGUUGGAUAUUCUUUCUCUCAUUGGCGAAUCUGCUGUCAGACAGGUUGAUAUCCAUUCAGAGCGUGUACUUGAGGAUCUAAUUGCUGCUGUUGUUCCAUGUUGGCUGUCAAAAACUGAGAACAUGGAUAAAUUGCUUCAGACUUUCAUUAGCAUACUGCCUGAGAUUGUCGAAGAUAGAAUGGUAAAAAUAUUCCAAUACUUAUUAAGGAUUGUGGGGGAAUGGGAUGGCUUGGCUGCGGUGCUUUUGUGUCUUUUUCAGUCACUGGUUUCGAAAUUACCUUCCUUUGAAGAUUUGCACGGUCUGGAUGGUUUCAUGUCCAUUGUACACAGGGAAAGGGAGUAUGGGUUUGCAUUGCAUAUUUGUGAGAAGUAUUCAUGUGCAACUUGGCUUCAUGCUCUUGCUUCGAUGUUUAAGCACAUUGGUCUAGAUAACUUUUGUGUGGAAUCACUAAAGAAGUUACUUCUGGCAACAAAAUUUUGUUUAGACAAAUUACAAGGUCCAGAAUUUGCUUUUGGAUUAGCAUCACCUGAAAACUCGGAUGACAUACAGAAUAUCCUUGGAGAUCUACUGGAGGAGGUUGUUUUCCUAGUCCAACUUGUUGAUACAAGAAGCCAGGAAAUUGGUAUACCUGUGGCUAUCAUGAAGCAAAUAAAGGAGCAUUUGAACGCUAUUUUGAGAAAUGCCACUAGGGUUAUGAAUCCUUCAGCCUUCUUUAGAAGCACCAUUAAUUUGCUUGGCCAUAAUAAUAGAAAUGUUGGGAAAAAGGCUCUCAGCCUUUUAUGUGAAACAGUUAAAGGACACAGUAGGGUGAAGUCAAAGAAGGGGGCAAAGAAAGAGAAACUUUCGGGAAGUCCCUGGCUUCACCUGGAUGAUGAUUUUCUCAAAUUAUUUGACAGUAUAUCUUUGAGAAUUAUUCACUUAAUUGAUGAUUCUACUGAUGCUUCUGAUACUUCUCUUAAAGUAGCCGCAAUUUCAGCUAUAGAAAUUCUUGCCAAUGCAUUUUCUUCUUACCAUUCAGUUAUCAGUGUUUGGCUAGCGUCAAUUGUAAAAUAUAUUACUUCAAACAACUUACCUCUGUCUUCUAGCUGCCUUCGAACAUGCAGCACACUGAUCUAUGUACUAGGGCCAAGGUCAUUGAGUGAGUUACCUAGUAUAAUGGGGAAGGUGAUAAAUGUGUCUCGUAGUUGUGUAGUUGAGAAUACAAGAUGCAGUUCUGAAAUGUCAGUCCAGUCAUCAGAUUUGAAGGAAUCUAUUAUGCUUUCUGUUGCUGUCACUUUGGAGGCUGUUGUGGAGAAGCUCGGUGGAUUUCUAAAUCCUUAUCUUGGAGAUAUUUUAGAACUUUUGGUGCUUCAUCCUAACUUAGUAUGGGGAUCAGAUUUAAAGUUGAAGCUGAAAGCUGACUCAAUACGGAAACUUCUGACAGAGAAAAUUCCUGUUCGUCUCGUUUUGCCACCUUUGUUGAAAUUUUUUACUCGUGCUGUUGAAUCUGGAGAUUCAAGUGUGAUCAUCACCUUCGACUUGCUAGCAAACAUUGUUGGAAAAAUGGAUAGGCCAUCUGUUGCUGCUUACCACACACAGAUUUUUGACCUGUGCUUGCAGGCGCUUGAUUUACGUCGCCAGCACCCUGUUUCUGUCACAAACGUUGAUGCUGCAGAAAAUAGUGUUAUUGGUGCACUGAGUUUGCUGACACUUAAACUUACUGAAAGCAUGUUUAAGCCUUUAUUCAUUAGAAGUGUUGAGUGGGCAGAUUCGGAUUUAGAAGAUGGUGCAAGGGCUGGAAGCACAAGCAUUGACAGGGCUAUAUCUUUCUAUGGCCUAGUAAAUAAACUUGCUGAGAAACAUCGGUCACUUUUCGUUCCCUACUUCAAGCACUUGCUAGAUGGAUGCGUCCGCCACCUUACAAAUUCAGGAGAUGCAAGAUAUACUGGUUCAAUACAAAAAAGAAAGAAGGCUAAGGUGCACGUGAGUAGUGAUAGCAAAGAAGAAACUGGAGUGGUAUCACUUAAAAGCUGGCAUUUAAGAGCGUUGAUCCUAUCAUCAUUGCACAAGUGCUUUCUCCAUGAUACUGGGAGUUCGAAAUUCCUUGACUCUUCAAAUUUCCAGGUUCUGCUCAAACCCGUAGUUGCACAGUUGGUGUCUGAGCCACCAGAAAUGCUUGACGCAGACACAAAUGUUCCAUCUGUAAACGAGGUUGAUGAUGUUCUGGUGAUUUGCAUUGGUCAAAUGGCUGUGGCUGCUGGGAGUGACACGUUAUGGAAACACUUGAAUCAUGAGGUAUUGAUGCAAACCAGAAGCGAUAAAGUUCGUACACGAAUUUUGGGUCUAAGAAUCGUCAAGUACCUUCUGGAGAAUUUGAAGGAAGAAUAUUUAGUACUUCUACCCGAAACCAUCCCCUUCCUCGGCGAGUUGCUUGAAGAUGUGGAGCUCUCUGUUAAAUCUCUUGCACAAGAUAUUCUCAAGGAAAUGGAGUCUAUGAGUGGUGAAAGCCUUCGGCAGUACCUAUAAGACUUCGUAUGGGAGUUCAAUGCUUUUUUUUCUUUAAUCAUCAGAGUGAAUUACCAUUAAAUGCUUCAACUGAAGACUAUUUAUUGAGGUAGUGUUUUUGUUAACUCUUAGCUUUUGCUUGUGUUUAAACGGUUUAGAAUAUAGGAAAAGCAGUUAGUUGUGAGGUCAAAUUUUGUAUAAUUGCCUAGAAUGGAGUAGUAUAUUCUUUCUCAAGUAAUUGUGUAACAUAUCUGGUGUAUAUCCAUACAUCACGUAUAAUGUAAGUGAUUAUUACGAAGGAAAUUCUGAAAAUGAAAUUUUGGGCUUUUAACUUGCA